AUGGCAGCGCUCGCCCUUGAAGAGAAGGUGAUAGCUGCACCACCUCCCCCCAUCAACCUUGAGGAAAAAGCCCUCGAUGUUACCACAACCCCGGCUGGCAAGACCGAACGUCCACGCGUGGCGCUCCUAGGUGAGAAGAGUCAAGGGGUGCAGCGUGUCGAGGCUAUCUCACAGCACUUCAAACUCUCGGAUAGGAUUCUAUUCUUCUUUGGGAUUUUUCUCAUCGCCUACGCUUAUGGGCUUGAUGGCACCAUCCGGUAUACCUAUCAACCCUUCGCCACCGCGUCGUACAAGACGCACAGUUUGCUGGCCACCGUAAAUGUUCUGCGGGGUGUCAUCGCCGCUGCUGCACAGCCAACUGUGGCUAAGAUUGCCGAUGUAUUUGGAAGAGCGGAGGUGAUUAUGCUUACUAUUGUAUUCUAUGUUAUUGGUACUAUUGUCGAAGCAUGCUCGUCCAACGUUCAGAGCUUCGCUGCUGGUGCAGCUUUAUACCAGAUUGGCUAUACGGGUAUUUUGCUACUCGUCGAAGUCCUCAUCGCAGAUGUUACAUCUCUGCGCUCUCGAGUUAUUUUCUCUUACAUUCCUGCCCUACCAUUCCUUGUCAACACUUGGGUCUCUGGAAAUAUUACCAGUGCUGUCCUUCAACGUACAACAUGGCACUGGGGCAUUGGAAUGUGGGCCAUUAUCUAUCCGAUUUGUGCCUUGCCCUUGUUGGUAUCACUGUUUAUCGUCCAUCGACGUGCGAAAAAGGCCGGCGCCCUUACUGCCUAUAAGAGCCCAUACCAGCUACUGGGCUUCCGCCGGCUUACGGUUUCUCUUUUCUGGCAACUCGACGUCGUCGGGGUCAUUCUCCUGAUUGGAGUAUUUGCCAUGAUUCUCAUACCAUUCACCCUGGCCGGCGGUGUCCAGCUCCAAUGGAAAACGGCUAAAAUCAUCGCGCCCCUUGUUAUCGGCAUUCUCCUUAUUCCGGCGUGGAUUUUCUGGGAGAUGAAGUGCUUGCACCCGAUGGUACCAUUUAAGUUGUUGAAAGACCGCGCUGUAUGGGGGGCUCUGGGCAUUGCCAUCGCCCUUAACACCGCUUGGUACAUGCAGGGAGACUUUUUGUUUACAGUCCUUGUCGUCGGUUUUGGUCAAUCAGUUAAAAGUGCUACUCGAAUCACGUCGUUAUACAGCUUCACGAGUACCAUUACUGGAUGCAUUGUCGGUCUAAUCGUAUUCAAGCUCCGGCGCCUCAAGUUCAUCAUUGUCUUUGGUACCCUCGUUUUUCUCACCGCCUUCGGCCUACUCAUUCAUUUCCGUGGUGGAACAGGUGGAGACAGCAAAGCUGGUAUCAUUGGUUCCCAAAUCCUCCUUGGAAUUGCUGGCGGGUUGUUUCCAUAUCCCGCACAGGCUAGUAUUCAAGCUGCCACCAAACAUGAACAUGUUGCCGUCAUCACUGGGCUGUUCCUUGCCUGCUAUAACAUUGGUUCCGCCAUUGGAAAUUCAGUCUCUGGAGCUCUAUGGAAUCAAGUUCUCCCGAAAACUCUUGCUACGACACUCAACAACGCUACCCUAGCGGCAACGGUCUACGCAGACCCCUUGAGCUGGGCUGCCGCAAACCCUGUCGGAACACCAAACAGAACUGCGGUAGUCGCUGCAUAUAGACACGUCCAGCGACUGCUAUGUAUCACUGGAAUUUGCUUCUCUGUCGUGAUUAUCGCUUUCGCGCUUGUUUUGCGUGACCCGAUCCUUACCAAGGAGCAGAGUCUUGCGAACGCCGAGAAGUACGACAACGAUACUACGUCUGGCUCGGACACUGAGAUCGAGAGCCGAAAGAAUGCCACCGUCUAA